CAUGCUGAUGUGGGUGUGAGAAGAACCUUCCCUCUCCCCUCCCCCACCCAGAAGAUUCUGCUGCAAAAUCAUGCCAACAUGGCUGGGAACCACAGGCUCGGAGGAGAAGCUGGAGACACAGACGACCCACCCAGGAUUACCCAGAACCCUGUCAUCAAUGGGAAUGUGGCCAUGAGUGAUGGACAUAACAAUACAGAGGAGGACAUGGAGGACGACACCAGCUGGCGCUCUGAGGCCACCUUUCAGUUCACCGUGGAGCGCUUCAGCAGGCUGAGUGAAUCGGUCCUGAGCCCUCCGUGCUUUGUGCGAAAUCUGCCCUGGAAGAUUAUGGUGAUGCCACGCUUUUAUCCAGACCGACCUCACCAAAAAAGCGUAGGAUUCUUUCUGCAGUGCAAUGCUGAAUCUGAUUCCACGUCGUGGUCUUGCCACGCACAGGCCGUACUGAAGAUCAUAAACUACAGAGACGACGAGCGGUCCUUCAGCCGCCGUAUCAGCCACCUGUUCUUCCAUAAGGAAAACGACUGGGGCUUUUCCAACUUCAUGGCCUGGAGCGAGGUGACCGAUCCUGAGAAAGGGUUCAUAGACGAUGACAAAGUUACCUUUGAAGUCUUCGUCCAAGCGGAUGCUCCCCAUGGAGUUGCGUGGGAUUCGAAGAAGCACACGGGCUACGUCGGGUUAAAGAACCAGGGAGCAACCUGCUACAUGAACAGCCUGCUGCAGACUCUGUUUUUCACAAACCAACUACGAAAGGCUGUGUACAUGAUGCCAACAGAGGGCGACGAUUCAUCUAAGAGCGUCCCUUUAGCAUUGCAGAGGGUCUUCUAUGAACUGCAGCACAGUGACAAACCUGUAGGAACCAAAAAACUAACCAAGUCAUUCGGGUGGGAGACUUUAGACAGCUUCAUGCAGCAUGAUGUUCAAGAGCUGUGUCGUGUGUUGCUUGAUAAUGUGGAAAAUAAGAUGAAAGGCACUUGUGUAGAAGGCACCAUUCCUAAAUUAUUCAGAGGCAAAAUGGUGUCCUACAUCCAGUGUAAGGAAGUAGAUUACCGGUCUGAUAGAAGAGAGGAUUAUUAUGACAUCCAGCUCAGUAUAAAAGGGAAAAAGAACAUCUUUGAUUCCUUCGUGGAUUAUGUGGCGGUCGAACAGCUGGACGGUGACAACAAGUACGAUGCCGGGGAACAUGGCCUGCAGGAAGCCGAGAAAGGUGUGAAGUUCCUAACGUUACCACCAGUGUUGCACCUACAACUGAUGAGAUUUAUGUACGACCCUCAGACGGACCAAAACAUCAAGAUCAAUGAUCGGUUUGAAUUCCCCGAACAGUUACCACUCGAUGAAUUUUUGCAAAAAACAGAUCCUAAGGACCCUGCCAAUUACAUCCUUCAUGCAGUCCUGGUUCACAGUGGGGACAACCAUGGCGGACAUUACGUGGUUUAUCUCAACCCCAAAGGGGACGGCAAAUGGUGUAAGUUUGAUGAUGACGUGGUGUCACGGUGCACAAAGGAAGAGGCCAUCGAACACAACUAUGGAGGGCACGAUGAUGACCUGUCUGUGCGGCACUGCACCAACGCCUACAUGUUAGUUUAUAUCAGGGAAUCCAAGCUGAGUGAGGUUCUCCAGGCUGUGACCGACCACGACAUCCCUCAGCAGCUUGUGGAGCGGCUGCAGGAGGAGAAGAGAGUGGAGGCGCAGAAGCGGAAGGAGCGUCAGGAAGCCCACCUCUACAUGCAAGUGCAGAUUGUCGCUGAGGACCAGUUUUGUGGCCACCAAGGAAAUGAUAUGUACGAUGAGGAGAAAGUGAAGUACACGGUGUUCAAAGUGUUGAAGAACUCCUCGCUUGCUGAGUUUGUCCAGAACCUCUCCCAGACCAUGGGAUUUCCACAAGAUCAGAUUCGGUUAUGGCCCAUGCAAGCCCGGAGUAAUGGGACAAAACGACCAGCAAUGUUAGAUAACGAAGCAGACGGUAAUAAAACAAUGAUUGAACUCAGUGAUAAUGAGAACCCUUGGACCAUAUUCCUGGAGACAGUGGACCCCGAGCUGGCUGCUAGUGGGACGACGUUGCCCAAGUUUGAUAAAGAUCAUGAUGUGAUGUUAUUUUUGAAGAUGUAUGAUCCCAAAACGCGAAGCUUGAAUUACUGUGGCCAUAUCUACACACCAAUAUCCUGCAAAAUACGUGACUUGCUCCCAGUCAUGUGCGACAGAGCAGGAUUUAUCCAAGAUACUAGUCUUAUCCUCUAUGAGGAAGUUAAACCGAACUUAACAGAGAGAAUCCAGGACUAUGACGUGUCCCUUGAUAAAGCUCUUGAUGAACUCAUGGAUGGUGACAUUAUAGUGUUUCAGAAGGAUGACCCUGAGAACGACAACAGUGAGCUGCCGACCGCGAAGGAGUAUUUCCGAGAUCUCUACCAUCGCGUCGACGUCAUUUUCUGUGAUAAAACAAUCCCCAACGACCCUGGCUUCGUCGUCACGUUAUCCAAUAGAAUGAAUUAUUUUCAGGUGGCGAAGACGGUUGCACAGAGGCUGAACACAGACCCAAUGUUGCUCCAGUUUUUCAAGUCUCAAGGUUAUAGGGAUGGUCCAGGGAACCCUCUUAGACAUAAUUAUGAAGGGACUUUAAGAGAUCUUCUACAAUUCUUCAAGCCUCGACAGCCUAAGAAACUUUACUAUCAGCAGCUGAAAAUGAAAAUCACAGACUUUGAAAACCGGCGAAGUUUUAAGUGUAUUUGGUUAAACAGCCAAUUUAGGGAAGAGGAAAUAACACUAUAUCCAGACAAGCACGGGUGUGUCCGGGACCUGUUAGAAGAAUGUAAAAAGGCUGUGGAGCUGGGGGAGAAGGCUUCAGGGAAACUUAGGCUGCUAGAAAUCGUAAGCUACAAAAUCAUCGGUGUGCACCAAGAAGACGAGCUAUUAGAAUGUUUAUCCCCUGCAACAAGUCGGACGUUUCGAAUAGAGGAAAUACCUUUGGACCAGGUAGACAUAGACAAGGAGAACGAGAUGCUGAUCACGGUGGCGCAUUUCCACAAAGAGGUGUUCGGAACGUUUGGAAUUCCCUUUUUGCUGAGGAUACACCAGGGUGAGCAUUUCCGCGAGGUCAUGAAACGGAUCCAGAGCCUGCUGGACAUCCAGGAGAAGGAAUUUGAAAAGUUUAAAUUUGCAAUUGUAAUGAUGGGCCGACACCAGUACAUAAACGAAGAUGAGUAUGAAGUAAGCUUGAAGGACUUUGAGCCUCAGCCCGGUAACAUGUCUCACCCUAGGCCUUGGCUCGGGCUUGACCACUUCAACAAAGCCCCCAAGAGGAGUCGCUACACGUACCUUGAAAAGGCCAUUAAAAUCCAUAACUGACCUUCUGACCCAGUGUGUUCAAGGCCAGGGACCGGGCGUGGGGGUGCGCCCCUUUUUAACAUCCUUAGGACUUUGGUUACACGUGCACUCUACCCGAAGUCUUCAGCAAGAGGAUUUGCUGCUGAUGUUAAUUUUAUUUUGUUGAGGCUGUUCAGUUUGGCUUCUCUGUAUCUAUUGACUGCCCUUUUUGAGCAAAAUGAAGGUGUUUUUAUAAAGCU